AUGACUGAAGUUGCAGAAAGGCCUCAUGUGCCAUUGGGGUUCGAAAUAGACUCUGAAAACUCAACUUUGGCAGUUCAGAUCAAGUCAUUUAUCGCUGUUUUAGCUUCAGCUUUAGGUGGUUUAGAUUAUUCUUCAGAAUCAGCAACUCCUCCAUAUAAACUUGGUGAUGAAGCAUUUGCAUGUUUAAAAGAUAUUUUGAAAUGGAUCAGAAAUUAUGAUAAGGAUAAUCAUACUUUAGAAGUCUCAAUAGCUUGUGCAGAAUCUGGGUUAGUGAUCAAUGAUCUUAUAGUUAUAUUAUGUGAAUGGGAAGCUGGAACUUUGAAUAAAGAUGCACCUUCAUUUGUGAGGUCUUUAAAUGAUAAGAUUGCAUUAGCAUGUCUAGAGAUUCUGGUUCCUCUCACUUGGGAACUUGAAUUGAAAGAAGGGAUGUAUAAAGAUGAACUUGAACAUUAUACAUCAUUAAAGAAACAUCAAGUUAAUUACAAAAAGCAUAUUUUAUCAUAUAGAAAUGGGAGAACCUUGAAAGCUAUUGUUAAAAUUGCAUUACCAAUCAUUGCUAAAGAUAAAAGAGAUAGAUCAACAAGAGAUACAGGUAUUUUGAAGCUAUGUGUUUUAUUUUUCAGAAAUGUCUUAGCAAUAGAACCAGCACCAGUUACCAAAGAGACAUCAAAAGCUUUGAAGCCAGGACAAAUUGCUCAAAAUUUACCAUUAGGUGUGAACUAUGAAGAUAUUGGAUUGGAUGCUGUCCUUACUGCAUUUGAAGAUAACUUAGUUUUUCAAUUUUUAUUGACGAUUUGUGGGUCUAUUACUGGUGAAUAUGACGCAUCUAUUUUGUCUUUUGCAUUACUAGAAAUGGUGUAUGGUCUUACUAGGGGUGUUCAAGCUUCACAUAUGAUUGAUCCCACAACAGCAUUAUCAGAAAGAAAUAGAGUUGGAUUAUCAGGCCCGGCUCCAUCAUCAGCAUCAACUGCAACAAAUGAAUCAACAACUUCUUUGGGUUUAUCAGAAUUGUUAUCAGAGGAAAAAAAUAUGAAUUCCAAAAGAGUUUUACAAAAUGGAAGCACAAGACAUGGAAGAUUCGGAACAUUAGUUUCUUUACAAACUCCAGAUCAAGGGAGAUUAACGAUAUCAGGUCAAAAGGGUCUUUCAGAAAAUCAAAAUACAAUUGCAGCUUUUGAUUCUCGUAAACAAUGGCAUAAAUCAAAACAAUUCAAAUAUGACUCAGAUGACUAUGUUAUAUUUGCACCUGUCAGUCUUUCAAAACAACCAAGAAAUAUUCUGAACAAAUUCGCAAAUGACUUUUUAGAUGGUGCAUUCAACCCAUUGAUUAACGCAACAGCUAGAGAAUUAUCAAGUGAAUCUACUCCACAAUCAAGAGCUAAUACGUCCAAGAUUCACUUUUUAUUAGUAGUUGCUUGGUUUUUAGAAGCUGAACGUGCAAGAAAUGGAUUGAAAACAGAUGAUAUAGAUUAUGGUCUUGUUACUGCUGGGCUUAAUGAAAGAACAUUUAUUUUAUUACUUAAAUAUCUUGCAGAAUCUGAACUAGAGAAGAACUGGCCUUUAUCACAUGCUGGUAUGAUUACAUUUAAAGAAGUGUUGAAAACUGUUAAUCGUAUGGGUACCUCUGAAAAUGAAGAUGAUAAAGAUGUUUCAUUAAAUAUUAAAGAAAGACUUUUCCAUAAGAAUGAAGUUUUAGCGGAACUAACAAAACUUCCAAAAAUUGCCCAUAAACAUUCUCCAAAUUAUGUUAAUAAUUGUGUUGAAUUGGUUCACGUGGUGAUAUCUACUCUAGAGGAAUUUUCAAAUGAAAAUAUGCCUCUUUUUAUCCAACAUAAUAGAAAGAGUAGAAAGAAGAAAAAUGUUACUGAAGAACAAAGAGAUAUAGAUGAUAUUAAUUCGGGAGAUGAAGAAGAGAUUAACAGCAGAGGUAAACAGAUGUCAAAAGAAAGAAAGUUCAAUUUUGAUAGUUACCAAAGACAAUUUGUGAGUACAGAAAGUAUUGAUACAUAUAUCUCAUAUUUGAACAGAUAUGAAGAUUUAAAAGAAUCAGAAAUCAAAAGAGCAAUCCAGUUUCUUCACAGAGUGUUUGUCACGCAAAAAAAUACCACUAUGCUUUUUCGUAUGGAUUUUAUGCUUCUACUUCAUACAUUACUAUCUAAAGAUGGUUUACCAAGAAAGUCGCAUAUCAGAAAGCAUGUCUCUCAAUUUUUAAGUUAUUUUAUGAAAAAGUUGAAAAAAUCUUUAGAAUCAACACCAAGUUUGUACAUUGAAUUAUUAUUUAAACCUUUAGCUUCAAAAGAGACUAGACAUUUCAUGCUACACGGUGAAUUAUACGCAGAGAAGAAGAGUAUUAAGAAAUCCAAUAAAUAUGCUAUUAUUAAAGGACAAAAUGAAAUGGAAUUGGAAAAGAAGGUUUCAAUUCUUGUUGCUGCAUUAAUUGAUGAUGACAUGAAAGCUCAUGUUGAAUGGAUUGGUGAAGAAUUAGAAAGAAUUGUCAUUGAUAGAUUAGAAACUGCUGAAAGUGAUGUUCAACAACAUAAAGAUUCUGUUGAUAUUGAUGGUAUCGAAAAUUUUUCUAGUGAGCCAGUUCAACACAAAGAUUACAAAAUCACUUCACAAAACACCACAUUUGCUAAUUCGCUAGUUACCAAUCCUAAAAUAAGAUAUUUAUUAGAUCUUGCUGAUGUUGAUUUACCUUCUCAAACUGAUGAAGAUUGUAUUUUUAAGUCAACAUCAAAUCAAAUGAGACUUUCAGAAACUUUAACUUACAUCAAGAUGUAUUUGAUGCAAGCAGUUGAUUUUGGUGAAAAUAAAAGUGCUAAUGAUUUCAUUAAGAUCAAAAAAAUUGGUGGCUUAUAUCAAGAUGAUUUCAGUGAUAUUGAUAACGAUUAUGGCAACGAUGAUUAUGACUCUGAUGAAGAAGUUGCAUUUGAAGUCGCUGGUACUAGAAAAAAUGAAGGUUAUAACGAUGAUAUCUUGGAUCAACUUGAAGAUAAAAUUGGUCAAGCUGAUGGAUCAUCUGCAAAAGGUGUUGCCAAGUCAAAGAAUAAACCAGGUAGAUCUGUAUCAUCCAGAAGAAAGAGAGUUAGUGAUGAUUCAGAUUCAGAAUCAGAAGAUGACAGACCAAGAAGAACAAAGAAAAAGAGAAGAAACCGUGGUGCUGCAUUGCCAUAUCAUGAUGUCUCUGGUGAUGAAGAAGAAGGUGCUAGACGCAAAGCUCCACCUAAGGUACAAGAACAUGUUUCAGAUAAAUAUGUUAAUGAUUCUGCUGAUGAAAGUGAAGAUGAAGAGUUCUUCGCCAGAGAGGAAAGAUUAAGAAAGAUUUUAUUGAAGAAUAAUGGUACAUUGGGUCCUGAACAAUUGAAAGAGUUUUUAUCAAGUAAAACAGAUGGUGCUGAUACCGGUGAUGAAAACGAACAAGAUACUUCUAAACCAAAAUCAAAAGAAACUAUUAGUGACUCAGAAGAUGAUGAGUUAUCAGAGACUGAAGAACCGAAAAAGAAAAAUAUUACUUCUGAUAGAUUUGAUUCAGACUCAGAGAAUGAAGGAGAAAAAGAAGCUUCGAAAGAAGAUGAUAUAUCAAAAUCAAACUUAGCUGACGAUAGUGACCAGGAAAAUGAUUUUGAUCCAUUCGAUCUUGGUAUCAAUGAAAAACCGUCAGAAUUCACCAAUAAUACAAGUCUUUCGCAAAAAUCCAAUAAUGAUGAAAGCUCAAGAUCUUCUGAUACUGAAAAACACAUUGAAACUAUAAUUAUUGAAGAAGAUAACGAUUCAGAUGAUAUGGAUAUGUUACUAGGAGAUGAGGAUGAUGAAAUUGAUAUAAAAUCAGAAGAUGAACAACAAGAUAAAGUUGAUAUUGAUGAAGUUCCUGCACCAAGAAGAAAAGGGAAAGUAAUAUUUAGUGAUGACGAUGACGAAUAA